CCGUCUGCAGCAGCCUCAGGAGCUUUGGUAGGGGGGCCUGGAGCCCCCUUGCAUGUGGUGCAUUGCAGGGCAGGGGGCGCGCAUGUGGCAGGGGAUCCCUGCACCUCCCCAGCAAUUUUCAGUCCCCAAAUCCCUGUCUCCUUUUUUCCCCUCCACGGCAAGAAUUUCCACCAACACGUGAGCGAACUGAUCCUCCGAGGUGAACGAGCCUCCACUUCUCCGCUCCCGGAGAAAAGCACUUUUCUUGCCGCAGGAUAACGUAGCAGAAGCCAGAAGCUGCUCAAUAUGACGACUGAAACCUUUGUGAAGGACAUUAAACCCGGCUUGAAAAACUUGAACCUUAUUUUUAUUGUACUGGAAACAGGUCGGGUGACCAAGACAAAGGACGGCCACGAGGUGCGGACGUGCAAAGUAGCCGACAAAACCGGCAGCAUCAACAUCUCAGUGUGGGACGAUGUAGGGAACCUCAUUCAGCCGGGAGACAUCAUCCGAUUGACCAAAGGCUACGCAUCAGUUUUCAAAGGCUGCCUGACCCUCUACACGGGCCGCGGAGGAGACCUGCAGAAAAUCGGAGAGUUCUGCAUGAUUUACUCCGAGGUCCCAAACUUCAGCGAACCCAACCCAGAGUAUGUGACCCAGCAGUCCCAGAGCAAAGCCGCCCCGAACGAUAACGUGACCCCUGCUGCUUCCCAGACCACCCCGGGCCCCGCCGCAUCGUCCCCAGCUGCCGACAACCAGAACGGCAACGGGCUGAGCGCCCCAAGCCCCAGCGGCCCCACACACCCGCCAAACGUCCCGUCCCACCCCACCAGCGGCCGGAUCACCAGGAGCCAGCCGAACCACCAGGGCGUGGGCUCGGCCGGGUCUGGAUCAUCCUCCAACCCCGUCAGCAAUGGCAAAGAGACCCGGCGAAGCAGCAAGAGAUAACACCGCAGGGUCGGGACCCCCCGCCCCAGCUCUGUGCUGGCUCGCCCCGGGUCCCACCGCCGAGGCUGGGAGGAGGCUGGGCCAGGGGGUGGGAGAGACCAUGGCCAGGCAUCGCUACGGGCUAGAUCAGAGACAGCGAACCAAGAGCGUUUUAGUCGCCGCGGUCGUGUCCAUUUUCACCGGGACUGUGGCGUUCUCCUGAACAGUGACGGGAAGGGGGGCGCCCCCCAUUGGAAACCGUCCCUUUAUCUUCACAGCUCUGCUCUGAGACUAAACUGAGCCACAGCCAAGUGCCCCCGCUGGGAUCCCCACAUGCCCCUCUGCGGGGGGGCUGCCAGCUCCCCCUCCCUUCUUCCCUCCCUCCCCAGCUCACUAGAUUUCGUUCCUUUGGUGGGUUUUUUUGUGUUUUGUUGGGUUUUUUUGGUUUUUUUUUUUACAAAUAUCCUGAAACUUUUUAGAAAACUUUAAAAAAGCUGCUUUUGCCAGGUGUGGUCAGUGGCCAGGGGGCAGCCGGGGACUGCUGAGGCCUCCUCCAGGUGUAGGAUGGGGGGCAGCGGCCCCCCUCUCCUUGCCCCCAGGAGGGGCCCGUUUGGGUCUUGCUGUCUCAGCAGAGGCUGCCUAAGACUGAGCGUGGAGCCAAAUCUCCCCUCCCCUCCCCCCGGGCCAGCAGCAGCUCAGGGAACCUUGGGGCACACACGGCGGAAGGGGGGGAGAGAUGGGGUGGGGCGCUGGUUCCAACUCAGGUUGGCCGUGAGCCCUGCCUGGGCGCUCUGGGCCCCACCCUGCGUGGAAUGAGUUUGCUGGGUCUCAGGCCAGUUCCUAGGAGGUCACCACGAUCAACCCCCCGCCCCGCAGAUGGCAGCCCCCUCGCAGCCUGGAGCUGGUGGGGGCAGCUCCCGGGACAGGGGCUAGGUGGAGGAUUUGAGCUCCAGGCCCCCAGGACAGACUCACCCGAAUCACUGUCACGUCUGCCCACACGGGGAGUGAUCCCCCAGCAGGAUUGGGCCUGGUGCUGACCUUGGAGCUGUUCUCCCUCGCCCGCUGGUUUGGAGAAUGCUCUCUCCCCCCCCCCAGCCUGAUGCUCCCAGCCACCCCCCCCCUCUUUUAUUCUGUUUUAACUCCCCCCCCGAAACUCCCUUCUCUUGUCUCACCCAAGCUGAGUCGCUGACCUGCCCGGGGCUGCGUUGGAAUAAAGGCCAUGCCGCCAUCCCCCUCC